AUGCUGCGCGUGUCGGUGAGCAAGGGCAAGGGAAAGGAGAAGGAUGAAGAGGAGACCCUUAAGGUCCAUCUCCCCUCAGCCAAGCGCCAAUUCAAUGCCGUUCUCUACGGCGACAUGGUCCAAAAGGGAUUCGCCCACCUCUACGGCGACACCAAGAUCAGCGACGUGACGUUGGUCCUGGGGGAUGAAAAGGUGGCCGUGCAUCGACUCGUGCUCAGCGUGUGGUCAGACACCUUCCGCACGCUACUCGAGGGCGCCAAGGCCGAAGUGGUCAUUCCUCUCGAGAAAGAAGACAUGGAGGACUUCAAGCUGAUGCUGAAGCACAUGUACACGGGCGAGACCGACUUCAUCAACGGCCAGAACGUGCUCUCACUUCUCAGUCUCGCCAGCUACUACAACAUUCACUCCCUCAAGGAGACGUGCGGUGAGUUGCUGGGCGACCUGGUGACGGACGACAACCUGUUCUUCUUCCUCGACGUGGUGGACAAGUAUGAGGUGAAGGCCCUCGAGGCCGCGUGUGGCUCGCACCUCGCCGAGCACUUCCAGGACCUGGUCAACAACGGCAAGCUGGACGACCUCGAACCGUCCACCUGGGCCGAAAUCGUCAAGACCGACGACAUCCGUGUGAGAUCCGAGGAGGAGCUCUUCGACGCCGUCAUCCGCUAUACCAAGCAGUUCAAGGCCAAGGACGUGCGUGAACAGGCGCUGACCACCAUUCUGCCCUACAUCCGCUUCCCCUUCAUGAGCCCGCGCUUCCUCGUCACGAAGGUGGAGGGCAAUGAGUCGAUCAGGGACCUGCCGGUGGUGCAGGACCUGCUCCACGAGGCCUAUCGCUACCGAGUCAACCCGAGCUCCGUCAAGAACAUCCGAUCCACGCCCAGGACAGGCCACCAAUUCAACCCCGAGCAGAGCCACGCAAGCAUCACACUCUCCGACGACAAGCUCACGGCCACGCUCAGCGCCAGCAUCGGAUGGGCGAACGCGUCGUGCACGACGCCCCUCACCCGGGACAAUCCCUACAUCGAGUUCAAGGUGGGCAACGGCACUCCGGGCCAGCUGAUGAUCGGCGUCGUAUCGGGCACUUGCAGCACCACCGGCUAUGCCGGCCAAUACAGCAACGGAUGGACAUACUACUCGUCGGGCCAGGUCUACAACUCCAGCACCACGCCCUCCACGGGCCAGACGUACACCACCGGCGACACCGUCGGCGUGUUCGUCGAGUUUGACAAAAACAUCGUGCACUUCUUCAAGAACGGCAAGAGCUCCACAACUGUUUCGAAUGUGUCUACGUCGAACGGCCAGCUGUUCCCCAACGUGAGUCUCAACUCGAUGGGCAACAACGUGAGUGUGAUCCCCUACGCGCCGAUUCCCGAGGAACUAAAGGCCAAGAUGAAGAAUGCGCCCUCCACCCGCAAGAAGAGGGCCAAGCUUACGGCGUCUUCUCUGGGCCGCACGUACGGAGAUGAGAAUGAUGGCACGCCGGGCAUCGAGCCCAGCGAAGAAGAAGCCGCCGAAGCCAUCGACGGCACCACCUUCAUCAAGCGCUUCCUCCGUUUCAAGUUCUGA